AUGAGUUAUGGUGUUGCCAAUCCUGAGCCUGGUCUGAUCUAUUCAUGGAUUUUAACAUUAGCAAAUGGUUUACAAGUAACAAAUACUACUGGAGCAGGUCUUAUUUCACUUGGUUGGCGACAAUGUACAUUCAUGUGGCAAACAUUAUCUGCUAAUCAGUAUAUCGAAAACAACUUUGUUACUGAUUCGGCAAGCGAUUCAUAUGGAUCGAAAAGAAUGGAUGUAGUUGUAUGGUGGCCAGAAGCCAGUGCACAAACUGUUCGUAAUCAAGUGUCACUCAAACUGAAAAAUCCUCAAAAUGUUGUACUUGCUCAAGCAAACACACCUCAACAAGUAUGGCAAAAAAUUACUUAUGUACAACCAGGAAAUACACUAAUACCUAGUGGUUCAUAUACCAUUCGUAUUGAUGUAGGUACUCUUCAACCAACAGCAAGUAAUGUGCGUCUUUUUCUCACUGCCUGUACUCGACCAGAAUAA